AUGCAGGUUUUCUUAUGUCUUGUUUCGUUUGGCAACAUGGUGUUGGCUAGCCAUUUUGCCGAGGACGAUGGUGGUUCAACAUACGAAGAGAAAACGAAAACUGUGGAAGUUCCAAUUAUUAAAAAAUACGCUAUACCUAUCCCGCACCCUGUACCGGUCGAGGUUCCCAAGGAAAUUAAAAUACCAGUGCCCCAGCCUUAUAAGGUGCCAAUCGAAAUCCCUCACCCAUAUCCAGUCGAAGUUGUUAAACAUGUUGAGAUACCUAUUGAGAAGCCAGAGCCUGUUAUUAUCGAGAAGCAUGUUCCUUAUGUUGUGGAGAAGCCAUAUCCCGUCUACGUGGAAAAGAAAUUCCCCGUUCCAGUGGCGAAACCAUAUGCCGUUCAUGUCCCAAUCUACAAACACGUGGUCCAUUAUACGUCCAAGGGUAAAGGGUGGCAUUAA